CGCCCCGCCGUUCCGAGGGCGAGCACCCGGCGGGGCCGCGGAGCGAGGGGCAGGCUCGGGCAGCUCCCCAGCCGCUCCGGCGGGGAUAAAACUUGAGGAAUAACUAGGAGGGGCAGCUCGGCGUGUCCUGCGUCCAGGCCCGACUCAGGAGCGAGCACGCUCCCGGGCAGGCCGCCUGCGAGAAGCCACAGCGCCCGCGACCCGCCGCGGCGAGAAGCGGCCCCGAUGGCCGCCGACCGGCGCCCGUGCGCCCCGCGCGCCGCGCUCUGCCGGCUGCUCCUGGCCCUCGCGGUCUUCAGUUAUGGUUGUGAAGCCUGCAAAAAGGUGAUAUUUAAUAUACCUUCCAAACUAGAGGCAGACAAAAUGGUUGGCAGAGUUAAUUUGAAAGAAUGCCUGGGGUCUGCAGACCUUGUCCAGUCGAGUGAUCCGGAUUUCAGAGUUCUAGGUGACGGGUCGGUGUACACCACUAGGGCUGUCAUGUUCUCUGGUGAGAAGAGGUGGUUCACCAUCCGGCUGUCUGACCUGAGGAAGCAGACACAGAGUGAGAUACCUGUGCUCCUGGAAUGUCCGAAGAAGGUGCUGAGGAAAAGGCACGUGAAAGAACUGGUCCUCAGGCGUUCCAAGAGGAGAUGGGCGCCGAUUCCCUGCUCCAUGCAGGAGAACUCCCUGGGACCCUUCCCUCUGUUCCUUCAGCAGGUUCAGUCUGAUGCAGCACAGAACUAUACCAUCUUCUACUCAAUAAGUGGGCGUGGAGUUGACCAAGAACCUUUAAAUUUGUUUUUCAUAGAAAGAGACACUGGAAAUCUAUUUUGCACCCGGCCCGUGGAUCGUGAAGAAUAUGAUGUUUUUGAUCUGAUUGCCUACGCGUCCACUGCAGAUGGCUAUUCCGCAGACUUGCCUCUCCCGCUGCCCAUCAGAGUAGAGGAUGAAAAUGACAACCACCCCAUUUUCACAGAAUCAAUUUACUAUUUUGAAGUUCUAGAAAGUAGUAGACUUGGUACCACAGUGGGAGUGGUUUGUGCCACGGACAAAGAUGAACCGGACACUAUGCAUACACGCUUGAAGUACAGCAUUCUGGAGCAGACCCCGAGGGCACCUGGGCUCUUCUCUGUGCAUCCCAGCACAGGCGCCAUCACCAUAGUCUCUCACUCCCUGGACAGAGAGGUUGUAGACAAGUACUCAUUGAUAAUGAAAGUACAAGACAUGGAUGGCCAAUUUUUUGGGUUGAUGAAUACAGCGACCUGUGUUGUAACAGUAAAAGAUUCAAAUGACAAUGUACCCACUUUCAAAAAAAAUGCUUAUGAAGCAUCAGUAGAAGAAAAUGUAGUCAAUGUGGAAAUCUUACGAAUGUCUAUAGAAGAUAAGGAUUUAAUUAACACUGAGAAUUGGAGAGCCAAUUUUACCAUUUUAAAGGGCAAUGAAAAUGGACAUUUCAAAAUCAGUACAGACAAAGGAACUAAUGAAGGCCUUCUGUGUGUUGUAAAGCCAUUGAAUUAUGAAGAAAACCGUCAAGUGAUCCUGGAAAUCGGAGUGAGCAACGAGGCUCCGUUCACCAGAGACGUCGCCCUCAGAACGACAGCCAUGAGCAGAGUGUUGGUCACCGUUCAUGUGCGGGAUCAGGACGAGGGGCCCGAAUGCAGCCCUGCCACCCAGUUUGUACGGAUUAAAGAAAAUCUAAAAGUAGGGUCAAAAUUCAGUGGCUAUAAGGCAUAUGACCCCGAAACCAGAAGUAGCAGUGGCUUAAGGUUCAAAAUAUUGAAUGAUCCUAAAGGGUGGGUCACCAUCGAUGAAACUCUGGGGUCAAUCACAACAUCCAAAAUCCUGGACAGGGAGGCUAUGACUCCCAGAAAUGAGUUAUAUAAUAUUACAGUCCUGGUGACUGACCAAGGUGGUAGAUCAUGUACUGGGACACUUGCAGUUAUAGUUGAAGAUGAAAAUGAUAAUUCACCAGAAGUGCUGCAAAGUUACCUAACAGUUUGCAAACCGAAGAUGGGGUACGCUGACAUUUCUGCUGCUGAUCCUGAUGAGCCUAUCCACGGCCCUCCAUUUUCCUUCAGUUUGGCGAGCACUUCCCCAGAGAUCACCCGAGUAUGGGUGCUCACCAGGCUUAAUGAUACGGCUGCCCGUCUCUCAUAUCAGAAAAAUGCUCAAUUUCAAGAAUACAAUGUUCCUAUUAUUGUAAAAGAUAGAGCUGGUCAGUCUGCAAUGAAAACCUUGAGAGUCAAUUUAUGUGACUGUGUUCACCCCAGCCAAUGCCGGGCAGCCUUGAGGAGUGCCGGGGCGACGCUUGGGAAGUGGGCCAUCCUGGCCAUUCUGCUGGGCAUAGCAUUGCUCUUCUCUGUGCUGCUGACCUUAGUAUGUGGAGUUGUUGGUGCCAAAAAAAGAAAGGCUUUUCCUGAGGAUUUAGCACAACAAAACUUAAUUGUAUCAAACACAGAAGCCCCUGGAGAUGAUAAGGUGGUAAGUAAUGUUUUUUAAAUGAAUAUUUGUCUCUGAGUAUCUCCCAUAAUUUCCUUAACUUAUCCUCAUAAAGUUACUUUGAA